UUGAAUUAUUCUGUAAAGAUGGCGGUCAACAUCCGAGGCCGUCCGAGUCGAAGCAUUCGGAUGCGAGGUCGGAAUGACAGUGGGGAUGAAAAUGUACCACUCGAUCUCUCCAGAGAUCCUUCAGACAACCUUCGGGAAAUCCUUCAGAAUGUUGCCAAGCAACAAGGAGUCUCCAACAUGCGCAAACUUGGUCACCUGAACAACUUUAUAAAGCUUCUCUGCAAUGCAGGCCACUCAGAGGAGAAGCUUGGGUUUACACAUGAAGAGAUCGUCAUUUGUCUCCGGUUAGCGCUGUUAAAUGAGGCUAAGGAGGUGCGAGCUGCAGGGCUGAGGGCUCUACGCUACCUGAUCAGAGACAGCGCUAUUCUCCAGAAGGUCCUCCGUCUUCAGGUGGACUACCUGAUCGCCAGGUGCAUAGACAUCCAGCAAAGCAAUGAGGUGGAAAGAACACAGGCUCUCAGGCUGGUGCGAAAGAUGAUCACAGUGAAUGCACUGCUCUUCCCCUCGUCUGUCACCAACUCCCUUAUUGCCGUGGGCAAAGAUGGGCUACAGGAGCGAGACCGCAUGGUGCGCGUCUGUAUCGCCAUCAUCUGUGAACUUGCUGUGAAGAACCCUGUGGUGGUGGCUCAGAGGAGUGGUCUCAGCACCAUUCUGAAGAACGUGAUCGACUGUCAGCUGAGUCGCAUCAACGAGGCACUCAUCACUACCAUCCUACACCUCCUCAACCACCCACACACACGCCAGUAUGUGCGCUCAGAUGUGGAGCUCGAGCAAAUCCUGGCCCCGUACACGGACUUUCACUACAGACACAAUGCAGACACAUCAGAGGGGCAACUCAAGGAAGACCGGGAAGCUCGAUUCCUGGCCAGUAAGAUGUCCAUAGUUGCUUCCUUUCGCUCCUGGUCAGGCAUCAUUAACCUGUGCAAGUCAGGCAACUCUGGAAUCCAGUCUCUUAUUGGCCUGCUAUGUAUACCAAAUGUGGAAGUAAGGAAAGGCUUGUUAGAGGUGAUGUAUGAUAUAUUCCGGCUCCCCAUGCCUGUUGCGACUGCAGACUUUAUUGAAGCACUUAUCAGUGUGGACCCCAGUAGGUUCCAAGACAGUUGGAGGUUAUCCGACGGCUUUGUGGCUUCUGAAGCAAAAUGUAUCCUUCCGCAUCGAGCUCGGUCAAGGCCUGACCUAAUGGAUAACUACCUGGCUUUGGUACUGUCUGCCUUCAUCAAGAGUGGACUUCUUGAGGGUCUGAUUGAGGUUAUCACAAGCACCGAUGACAACAACUCUGUGCGAGCCACCAUUCUACUGGGAGAACUGCUUCACAUGGCCAACACCAUCCUCCCACACUCCCACAGCCACCACCUGCACUGUCUGCCCACACUCAUCAACAAGGCUGCCUCUUUCGACAUCGCCCAGGAGAAGAGACUACGGGCGAGUGCAGCGGUCAACUACCUGAAGUGCUUCCACGAGAAGAAGAAGAAAGGACCCAAACCCAACAGCCUGUACCUGGACCACAUCAUCCGCAAAUCAAAGGCUUCACACUACUGUAGAGACCAGCACUUUAGAACACAGAGAGAUAUCUUUGUCAUUAAGGACACUGAGGAUGCUCUCAUGAUGAACCUGAGAGACAGCCACAUCCUGAACCACAAAGAGAACCUGGACUGGAACUGGGUUCUCAUCGCAACAAUACUGAAGUGGCCAAACGUUAACCUGCGGAGCAAUAAAGAUGAACAAAUACACAAGUUUGUGCGCAGGCUGCUGUUCUUCUAUAAGCCCAGCAGUAAGCUGUAUGCCAGCCUGGAGCUGGACCACAGCAAAGCCAGGCAGCUCACUGUGGUGGGAUGCCAGUUCAUUGAGUUCCUCCUGGAGUCUGACGAGGAUGGGCAGGUGUACCUGGAGGACCUGGUGAAGGACAUAGUCCAAUGGCUCUCAUCUUCUUCGGGGCUCAAGCCCGACCGCAGUCUCCAGAGCAAUGGGCUGCUCACCACCCUCAGCCAGCACUACUUCCUGUUCCUGGGCACUCUUUCCUCACACCCGCACGGCGUCAAGAUGCUGGAGAAGUGUAGUGUCUUCCAGUGCCUGUUGAACAUCUGUACACUGAAGAAUCGGGACCACCUGCUGAAGCUCACUGUGUCCACACUGGACUACAGCCGUGACGGGCUGUCCAGGGUCAUCCUGUCCAAGAUCCUCACCGCUGCCACUGACAACUGCAGGUUGUAUGCCACUAAACACCUGCGGGUGCUGCUGCGUGCCAACGUGGAGUUCUUCAGUAAUUGGGGCAUCGAGCUCCUGGUCACCCAGCUCCACGACCGCAAUAAGAGUAUCUCCAUGGAGGCGCUGGACAUACUGGAUGAGGCCUGCGAGGACAAGGCAAACCUCCAUGCUCUGAUCCAGAUGAAGCCAGCUCUCACACACCUUGGGGACAAGGGGGUCCUGCUGCUGCUACGGUUCUUGUCCAUUCCAAAGGGCUUCUCCUACCUCAAUGAGAGGGGCUACGUCACCAAGCAGCUAGAGAAAUGGCAGAAGGAGUAUAACCUGAAAUAUGUGGACAUGAUAGAGGAGCAGCUGAACGAGGCUCUCACCACGUACCGUAAACCUGUCGACGGAGACAACUAUGUACGUCGAAGCAACCAAAGGUUACAGAGGCCCAAUGUUUAUCUUCCUGUGCAUCUGUAUGGCCAGCUUGUCCAUGACAAGACAGGCUGCCAUCUACUGGAAGUCCAGAAUGUGGUUCCUGACCUAAGCUACACUGUUCGCUCCCCAAUGCUGGACAAGUGGGAGGGCAUUAAACAACUUAAGGCAGCACUUUGGGCCUUGGGUAACAUAGGGUCGUCAAACUGGGGGUUGAACCUCCUGCAAGAGGAAGGGGUGAUCCCUGACAUAGUGGUUCUGGCUCUGCACUGUGAGGUUCUCUCCGUCAGAGGGACGUGUCUGUACGUGUUGGGGCUUAUCUCGAAGACACGUCAGGGCUGUGACAUGCUGAAGCAGCACGGCUGGGACGCUGUGAGACACAGCCGCCGGACGUUGUGGCCCGUUGUCCCCGAUGACAUGGAGCCCCACCCCAACCCCCCCAGUCUGCUGUCCUCUGUCCCCUCCAGCCUCAGCCUCGCCUCUGACUCCACCAGCUCCAUGCACAACAGUGAGAGUGACUCCACACAACCCAGUAUGUACAUCAUGGACGAUGAGAGGCUGGAGAAUUGUGACCUGUCGGACGAUCCUCCUAUGUACAUGAGACCCAAGUACAAAGACCGCAGCCCCUUCACCCUCCUGGCCUCCAGCCGCUUCCGCAACCGCCUCCUCCACUCCCUGUCGCUAUCUGGGAAGAAGCUCCGCAGCAACAGCGACCCCAAGGGCAUUCCCAGGGGCCGCGGAGGAGGGGUGGAGGGGGAACAGGGGCGCAAACGCACCGUCACCGAGCCCAGCUACACCUUUGGAUCUUCAGACGUCUUCCCAAUCUAUAAUGACGGCCACUUGCCCAAAAGCCCCUCUGUCAACCUAGAAACUUCCUUUGUGGGCAGCAAGGUAUCUGAGAACCGGGGAAGCACCCCCAGCAUUGGGGAGGGGGAGGGGAGGUUGCCAGGCCGGUCAGUGGGGGUAGGAGGGUCAGUGGUGGGUGAGAACCAGAGAGAACAGGCUAGCCGGGAGCGCCUGGCCGGGUAUGGCCCGUCCGGAGGGGGCGGGGGGACUCAGUUUAAAUCACGCAGUCAGAGCUUCAACACGGACACGACCACCAGCGGCAUCAGCUCUAUGAGCUCCAGCCCCUCCAGGGAGACCCUGCCCUCCACCAUCGACACGGACGGUGUCAGCAUCAACAGUGUGAUCAGCGCCCAAACCAUCCAGACCCUGACCUCCCUCACCCCCCAGCCCCACACCGCCCACCUCUCCUCCCUGUCCAAAUCCAGCUCUGCCUCCCUGGUGCCCCCCGGCUCCUCCCACACCCUUCCCCGCCGCGCCCAGUCCCUCAAGUCGCCCUCGUUGACCACCCUGAGCGGCCUGACGGACUGCAGCCUCAUGUACUCCAACUCCCGGGACGCGCUGGGCUACGCCACGCUGAAGUACGCAAGUUGUCGUGACACGUACGCUAGUCAGCGUGACGCGCUGGGCUACGCUACGCUGAAGAGGCUGCAGCAGCAGAGGAUCCACUCAUCCCUGUCCCACAGCGAGGCUCUGGCUUCCCCAGCCAAAGACAUGCUCUUCACCGAUACCAUCAACAUGAAGACUGGCAGCCUGGACUCCAGACUCACCCCAAGGAGGUUCCUGAAGGCUCUGAGUUUUGCCUCUCUGGAUAAGGAGGAUCUGCUGAGCCCCAUCAGCCAGACCACUCUGCAGCGGUCCUCCUCAGUGAGAUCCAUGGUGUCCAGUGCCACCUAUGGCAGCUCUGAUGACUUCAUUGGCCUGGCGCUGCCCGUGGACAUCAACAACAUGUUCCAGAUAAAAGAAACACCAUAUUUCCUGAAGAGAACCAGCCCGCCCUCUGAGGACAGAUCUGCCAAAUUCUUCUCUGGUGACUCAGAUGGUCCCAGCCCUCACUCCCGGCAUGCUGUGCUCCGCUCCCAGCUGAGCAUCACAGAGCUGAUGGGGGUGAGCCGUGCAGAGCAGCAGCAGCUACUGGGCUCAGAGGAGACUGGUCUACAGGAACACAAUGAUGACAACUGCCUCUACUGCACUGGGUUGACUGUGCUUGGCUUCAGCGCAUCCAACAGCCACCCAGACUUGACGGAGGACCACCCUUUCUCAGAGUGGUGCAGUCCACCUGUGCAGAAUCACCUGGAGGUCAUGGCCCAAACCAAACUGUCAGGGGUGUCUGGGUGCAGUGAUGCUAUGUCCCAGGGCUCCCCAGGAAGCACCCGCAGCACUGAACUGGUUUUGGGAGUGAAGUCCAUCCCAGAGGAUGCUCCGGCCGGCAGGGUUCUCCUCAGGAAGGAGGUCCUGCGUCUGGUGGUCAACCUCAGCUCCUCUGUGGGGACCAAAGGCCACGAGACUAACCUGCUAACGAUCAAGGAGAAGUUCCCCUAUGCAUUCGAUGACAUUUGUCUCUACUCUGAGGUGUCCUACCUGCUGGCCCACUGCAUGUUCCGUCUGUCGGCACGCCGCUUCAUCCAGGAGCUCUUCCAGGACGUGCCAUUUAUCCCGAUGUACGAAGAGGCAGAGAGCAUCCUCUCCAUGUCGCCAAAGAACGGACCGACCGACCGACCCUCCUGCUGAGCCUUGAGUCAUCCUCUGUCUUCCCUUCCCUCACGCAGCCAGUCAAACCCUGAGUCACACCCUGAGUUACCACUACUGCUCUACCAGUCACACACCCCCCCAGUCAAAACCUGAGUUACCACUACUGCUCUACCAGUCACACCCUCCCCUCAGUCAAACAGUCACCACUACUGAUCUACUAGUCACACCCCCCCCCCCCCCCCCAGUCACCACUACUGAUCUACUUUGUCCCCCCCCCCUCCCAGUCAAACCCUGAGUCACCACUAUUGAUCUACCAGUCACACACCCCCCUCAGUCAAACAUAGUCACCACUACUGCUCUUCCAGUCAAACACCACCCACUCCCUGAACUUUUUAUCCCUUAACUUUCAGUCAAACCCCACCCCUGACUUGAGUCAACGCUAACCACUGAACCACCCCCACAUCCUCACUUAAUUCUCCAUACCAGAGUGCACUGUAUGUCCUCCUAGGAUUUGGACACAAAUGAAGAGAAGAGAAAAUAGAGGGAAGAAAUAUGUUCUUCCUAUUGACUUUAAGAUCUGAUGGAUAACACAGGAUGAACAAACAUGUUUUAUCUGACCAAAUGAUAACAGCCAGCUGUGAGCAUUUUAUUUUAUUUUUUUCAUAUUUGGAAAUUCAUCACCAACUGAUCUUGGACCACAAUCAAAUCCAAAAUGGCAUAAUACAAAAAUGUAAAACGGUCCAUCAUUUCUGAGGGCUUCCUCAGUUUUUCUAAGUAUAUGACUGCAGCCCAACCACUUAUAUGAAAUAACUUAGCAUGUUGUUUGUAGCUCAGCUUCUCCCAAAGUGGAUCCAGUGACUUUGACUAAAACACUGAAGAGGACGUGUUCCUCUGCAUAACACUAAAACCUCUCCGCAUCUGGAGAGAGGACCAUGACAUUGCGAAUAUCCAUAUGUCUAUUCAUUGUACCUGAACAAAGAACAGUGAAGGAGAAUAGUGCUGAAAAGGCUUUUGGUAUUGCUCUAUUCAAUGACUGCAGAGACAGGUAGGCUAGAUGAUCAGUCACUGAUGCAGUUUGGUGGUGGUGUGUUUUGUUGACAUGUGCUAAAGAGGAAAUGUUCCUCCUUGCUGGAUGUCGUUUUUGUUUGUGUUUUUAAGCAUUCAUGCCAAGAACUGAACAGCUACACGUAGGAGUGAAAUCUACCAAAUGAUUGCCAUUGAACAUCGGUCUGUGUGUUUCAGCACAGAGGAGUUAUAUACGGUCAGUUAUUGAACUGAUGUUUGAAACCAAGGCUGCAUGCAUUAUUGUUUAUUACCUAGAUAUUUAAACCCUGAAGUAAAAGCACAGGGUUAGGACAUUAGAUUUGGUGCUCGUCAAGGUGAAAGAAUACACACGUAUGUUACUGUGCGGUAGUGUUUAUGUAGUCAUCUUAGUAUAUGCUUAACGGCUUCUUCUUCUACCGUGAAAUUCCCCAGAACAUGGUCCAUGAAAACAGUCACUACUUGAUGGCCAAGGAGAAUUGCUGCUUCAGUAUUGGGCAGAAGUCAUUUGACAUUCCAGUCAGUUGCCAUUCCUUGGGAGAUGCUGUCUGCUUGUCCUCAUUCCGGUAAAACUGGAGAAUAACGAAACUGGAGCAAAUGUCUUAGUGGAGAGCAGGGCCUGCCUGAACAUGUGCAAUAAGAACACUCAUUUCAUUUGAAAACACUUCCAAUGACAGCCACAUCCGUUAUCCAGAAAUCUAUCUACGUGUUUGUGAAAUGAUGAUGGUUUAAAACAUUUCGAUAUGGGAUUGUACUGGUGUUUUUUGCUAUGCAAGAUGAGUAAUGGGGUUUAAUGUACAUUUUCAGCUUUUGUUAAAAAUUUGUUUCGGCAGCUGAAAUGACAUUGCCUUAUUUUUCGGAAUGCUCUGACAUAUGAGACAUUACUUUUUUACUUCUAAUAUAAAUUAAAAGUAAAUAAUUCUGGCCCUAAUUAUAGCGGAAUUAAUUGAUAAAUAUGUUGUGAAAAUGAUAAGCAACCAAUGUUAAGGCCACAAUCUACCUAUGCCUGUUGUAGAGAGAAGAGCCUGUGAAAAGCACCUGCUUGGUUUUAGAGUGCUGAGGUAGAGCUUGGGUGGUUUAGUAACUGUUUUAAAGAAAUGGUGGUUAUCAUUGUGUUAAUUUCCAACCUGCCUUGAACAUUCACUUUGACGAUGCUACUUCUAUUGCUGCACUGUUUGUGCUGAAUCAUUCAACAACAACAUGCACUUAUGAUUGACUCAAUGGAAAUGUUUAGUGCUACUGUUUAUAUUGGCCCUGGUUAGUUAUGUGAUGAAGUGGUUAGAGAAAUGGACUGGUGAAAAGAGGAUUGGGGUGCAGUUCAAUUGCACUGAGCAAUCCACAUUCCGCUGUGUAAAUGCAUUAUGUUGAAAACAUAAGUCCUCUGCAAGUGGAGAAUUCUAUAGUUGCAGUACAAUGUGCAUGUUUGAUCUCAUCUCUAAUUAAAAAGAAAUGGGGACAUUUUGAUUUAGCAGAUUCCUCUAUUCCUUCGUAGAUCUUCCUUUUGCAUUCAUUCUAAGCUCACCUUUUCAACUCACUGCAAAUUCUAAAUAGAUAAAAUGUUACAUUUCAUAGCAGGUUUUAACAUUUAUACUGAUGUUUCAGAUAGACGUUGAAUAAGGUCAAUUAUUUGGGAACAUAGUUGUACAAGUUCUGUUAUGGACCAAAAAGCCAAACUGACUUAACUAGUUGGAAUUGUUCUUUAGCAAUUGGAACAGGAAGUAAUAACUUAAAUAUUUAACUGCUGUGUGCAUUGAGACAUUUGAAAAAAUGUGCCCCUUAUUCUUAAUGUGUUGUAAGUUGGCUUAUUCUGAGCUUCUCUAAAGCACUGUAUGGAGAUCUGAAAACAAAUCCUUUUAUAUACCUGUACCAUUUAGGAACAAAGAGACAAAGAUAAAUGUUUUCUCUUGAGGAAAUAUAUUACACUUAAGAAGCUGUAUAACUUUUUUUUGCCCCAUUUGUGGUUUCUAUGUUUUUGGCAUUAUAUGGGCCAUUAGAAUAAAUCUUAAUGAAGGGAUGCAUAUUGAUAAUAAAAACAGACAUCAACUACUCA